AAUAAUGCUUUGGCGAUCUUUCAGAGGAAAGCAUUGCACGUUUUUUGAUGGUUUUUGCUCCUUCUUCCUGUCCGUCCAGAUGUCCCUCCCUUGCCCAGCUGGAUUCAGCUGUCCUGCACUGUCAGUGGCACCCAGUACACCAGGGGCUGCAGGCUGGCCAGAUCUCAGCAGUGAAGCAGGGUCAGCCCUGGCAAGGAGAGCCGGGGGGUUUCUGUCCUGCAGGCUGUGGGAAAUCACCCGAAAGGAGCGCGUUUCACCCCCUCAUCAAGUGGUGGAGUGCUCGGUAGAAACAAGCGUGUCCGACCCAGAGCCACGGGCUAUUAUGGAAAAAGAAAACAACCUGUGUGUUUAGGGUCUUUCUUACGCUGCCCUUCUGCCCCACGGCUUUUCAACUUCACAACAACCCUUUGAGGUGGGCUCGGCCGCGAGAGCAGAGCUCCUCUCGGGAGUCCGGCGGCUUGCUUUGCCUGCGACCGGCGCGUUCCGAGCAGGCUGCCGGAGGGGGGGGGGAAUCUCCCGACCGGGAGCCGCCCUCCACUGCCCGCCGCUCCAGCAGAGCCGGGGCGAGUGCCAGCGAGGCUGAGCCAAGAGGAAAGGAAAAGCGCUGCUGCCGCUGCCAAGUCGGGCCAGAAUGCAGUGGGCCGUGCCCAGGCUGGCAGGGGCUGGCACUUCCACUCCUCAUGCCCGAAGAUGCCGCCUGCCUGUCCCCCUGCGAGGCUGGCUGGCUCUGGGACCGCAGUUCUGGCUUCGCCCACCCAUCCUCGCCUCUUCCGCAGAGCAGCCAGGCCAGAGGGGAUCCCGCUGGCUCCGGCCGGCAACCCACAGCCUCUGGAGACGGUGCCCCAGCCGGAGGCCGACCCUCCAGCUCACCCCUCCGGGAUAAUCCAAACAACCUCAAUCUCCCGUCUGCCUUUGGACUGCCUCCCAAAAGGACUCUCCAUCUGGGAAGCCCUGCAGAGGGCGGAGGGGAGAAAGUGCAGGGGGAGCCAGGCGGGGCUGCUGCCUCCCCCGAAGGAUUGGUGUGUCCGGACUGUCGCAAGGCCUACCACGGCUUCUCGGGCCCACCCCAGCACAGACAGCUGCAUUGCAAGCUGCAUUCGGCAGCCAGGAAAUGCUUCAACUGCAAGUACUGCGAGAAGGAGUACGCCAGCCUGGGGGCCCUCAAGAUGCACCUCCGCACCCACACGCUGCCCUGCGUCUGCCGCAUCUGCAGCAAGGCCUUCUCCCGGCCCUGGCUGCUCCAGGGGCACAUCCGCACACACACAGGCGAGAAGCCCUACUCCUGCUCCCACUGCAGCCGAGCUUUUGCGGACCGCUCCAACCUCCGCGCCCACCUGCAGACUCAUUCGGAUGUGAAGAAAUACCAGUGUCACGUGUGCUCCAAGACAUUUUCCCGCAUGUCCCUGCUGAUGCGGCAUAAGGAGGCGGGGUGCUGCCCUCCCACCCACCAGGGCUUUGAGCAGGACUAGCCGAAAAACUGGCCGUCCAGGAAACGACGGAGAAGACACGAAGUGCAGAAGCCAGAGGUUCCUUAUAACAUUCAGCCUCUGUCACAAAUUGCCUUGAAGAAUGGCUGCACUCAGUCGGGUCAAGGCCGGGAUGCUCUCGGGUCAAGUGAUGGAGGGGUGUCAGCUGCCUCCUGCAAGGAAGCUGGCUAAGAGACUGGUUUUGGGGUGCUGUGUGGUUUCCGGGCUGUGUGGCCG